CGCUUGAGCCUGGGAGGUAGAAGGUGCAGUGAGCAGAGGCCGCGCCACUCCACUUCUGCCUGCCCACAGCAUUUGACCCAAUCUCAAAAAUGAAAAAACAGUUCCGAGCGUAUUAUGGAACGGAUGGCUUCAACCUCGGUGUGCGGACUCCAGGCCAGGGAACUCACCGGCGUUGCCACGCCCACCGUCCCCGUCCGGCCGGAAGUGGUGCGGGCGCCUGCUCAGUGCGCGCCGGCCAGACGACCGUGUGCUGGCGUAAUCGGGUACCUCCGGGCCGCCGUAGAAGUGGUUCCGGCGGGCUAGUGAGGAAUGGAGUCGGUGGGCAGCAGCGGCGAGCGCUGCGGCUGCUCCUCCGUAGACCCACAGAGCACCUUCGUGUUGAGUAACCUGGCGGAAGUGGUGGAGCGUGUGCUCACUUUCCUGCCUGCCAAGGCGUUGCUGCGGGUGGCCUGCGUGUGCCGCUUAUGGAGGGAGUGUGUGCGCAGAGUGUUGCGGACCCAUCGGAGCGUAACCUGGAUCUCCGCAGGCCUGGCCGAGGCCGGCCACCUGGAGAGGCAUUGCUUGGUUCGCGUAGUAGCAGAGGAGCUUGAGAAUAUUCGCAUCUUACCACAUACAGUUCUUUACAUGGCUGAUUCAGAAACUUUCAUUAGUCUGGAAGAGUGUCGUGGCCAUAAGAGAGCAAGGAAAAGAACUAAUAUGGGAACAGCACUUGCCCUUGAGAAGCUAUUCCCCAAACAAUGCCAAGUCCUUGGGAUUGUGACCCCAGGAAUUGUAGUGACUCCAAUGGGAUCAGGUGGCAAUCGACCUCAGGAAAUAGAAAUUGGAGAAUCUGGUUUUGCUUUAUUAUUCCCUCAAAUUGAAGGAAUAAAAAUACAACCCUUUCAUUUUAUUAAGGAUCCAAAGAAUUUAACAUUAGAAAGACAUCAGCUCACUGAAGUAGGUCUUUUAGAUAACCCUGAACUUCGUGUGGUCCUUGUCUUCGGUUAUAAUUGCUGUAAGGUGGGAGCCAGUAAUUAUCUGCAGCAAGUAGUCAGCACUUUCAGUGAUAUGAAUAUCAUCUUGGCUGGAGGCCAGGUGGACAACCUGUCAUCACUGACUUCUGAAAAGAACCCUCUGGAUAUUGAUGCCGCAGGUGUGGUUGGACUGUCAUUUAGUGGACACCGAAUCCAGAGUGCCACUGUGCUCCUCAACGAGGACGUCAGUGAUGAGAAGACUGCCGAGGCUGCAAUGCAGCGCCUCAAAGCGGCCAACAUUCCAGAGCAGAACACCAUUGGCUUCAUGUUUGCAUGCGUUGGCAGGGGCUUUCAGUAUUACAGAGCCAAGGGGAAUGUUGAGGCUGAUGCGUUCAGAAAGUUUUUUCCUAGUGUUCCCUUAUUCGGCUUCUUUGGAAAUGGAGAAAUUGGGUGUGAUCGGAUAGUCACUGGGAACUUUAUAUUGAGGAAAUGUAAUGAGGUAAAAGAUGAUGAUCUGUUUCAUAGCUAUACAACAAUAAUGGCACUCAUACAUCUGGGGUCAUCUAAAUAAUAAUUAAAGUGGCUUUCAUAAUAUAUAACUUUCGGGUUCUGCCUUUUUCAGAAAAUGAAAACGGGCUAUGCAUAUUUCAAACAAAAAUAACUUUAGAUAUAUCUUUUUUGUAGCUUUGAUUGAUGCUCUAAGAUCACGAGGGUAGUUUUUAAUGUAUUAGAUGAAGGACAACUUUGGACAAAACACAGACUAGGAGUUGAGAGCUUUUGCAUCAGGCACAAGCAAACUGAUUAUAGUUGUGUUGCACCAGAUCGUGUAGCUGCUGUGUGACGUGACCUUAAAUAGUCUUCCUGCAUAGGAAGAGCAAAAGGGGAUUCAUCAGUAGGACAGAGAUUUAAGACAUUCCCUGAUUACCCCUUGCAUUGUUAGCUGAUGUCUUUUAGCAGAAUCAUGAAGACCUUUUUUCUCCCUUAAUAAAGGAGAAAAAUAUACUGAUGGUUUGAGAAAUUUUUCUCUGCCUUUCAGUUUUAUGAAUUUUUUCAGAAGUAACAAUAUUAUUACUGACUUUUUACUUAUUUGAUAAAAAUUAAAGAACUAUUUUUGUUUUGGUCAGAUAAAUUGACAAGACUAAUCGGUGUUUUAUCAUAAGUAAAACAUUUUUCUUUUUUCCUUAAAAAUCUUUUUUUUUCACCUAGGUCUAUAUAGCUAACUGGUAGACCAGAGUAUUACAUCAUCUUAUUUUGGUUUUAUACCAAUAAAACAUAGCUUGGAACUCAUUCAGGUAAUGUUUUGCAUUUCAUUGCUUUUGGAUGAACAAAGGAAGUAAACUAAUUCUUCAUAAACGAAAACCCAGAAUAGUUGGUAUUUGUCAGCUAGUCAUUCCUGUCAUAUUCCCAGUAGAAUUAUUUUCAAGUCUGAAUUUCUAUACAAAUGUCUAAAUAAGAGAUGUGCAGACAGCACCAAUUUUCCCUCAAUAUCCAUUCUUUCCUUUUUGCAUAAUGAUAGAACCUUUGAUUUUUCAAUUGGGUAUGCCUCCUAGAAUAAAGACUACAUUUCCCAGUCUCCUGUGCAGGUAUGACUGUGUUCUGGACAAUGGAAUGUGAGGGGCAAUGAUUUGUGUCAUUAAAAUGGCAUGACCAUUUAUUUGCUCCUUUCUCCAUCUUGUUGCUUGGAAUGUGGAUCUGGUAGUGAGCCAUCUUGGACCCUGAAGAGGAGGCAACACACCAUUGUGGAAGAAAAACAACAGAAGGAUCCGGUUGCUGUACAACCUCGUUGAAGAAACGCCAUUAAGUGGCGUGGACUAUCCACCUCCAGACUGUUUUACAAGAGAGAAAUUAGCAUAUUCCGCCUAAUACAAUAUGAUGUAACUAAUGUUACUUUUGUAACAGUCAGUGGUUUGUUCUAACAGGACAGUAGAAUACUUGCAAGGUAAGUAAAGUCAAAUGUAUUAGCAUUAUUCCUCCUUUUCCUUUUUUAUCAUUUAUCCCUUUUUUUAAAACUGAAAAUAUUUCUCUUGCUAUUUAUAUAUAUAUGAUAAAAA